AUGAUUGCUUUUUAUCAGCCUGCCUUGAUCUUUGCAUUGGGGCUUCUGGUUUCGCUGGUCGAUGCCUCCAUAAUCAACAUAUCUUUCGAGUUGUGUGGAAACCACAACAAUGGCGUGCGGAAGGAGUGGGGAGAAUUGACCCGAACUGAGCGAAUCGACUAUACCGAUGCGGUGUUGUGUAUGCAACGGCAGCCCCAGCACCUUCCAAGAGAGGAAUACCCAGGUGUGCGCAAUAGAUUUGAUGAUUUUGUGGCUACUCACGUUAACUACACCCUCAAUGCGCACUACAGCGGGCUGUUUCUCCCAUGGCAUCGCCACUUUCUCUGGCUUUGGGAGACAGCCCUGCGAGACGAGUGUGGUUACUCUGGCUACCUCCCAUACUGGAACUGGCCGUUGUGGUCGGAAAACCUCAAGGCGAGCCCUCUCUUCGAUUGCAGCGACAGCUCACUGUCGGGCGACGGAGAGCAGAACCCGGGCGAGCAAAGCAUCCAAGGUGGCGUGGUAACGCUUCCUCCAGGGUCGGGUGGCGGCUGUGUCCGAUGUGGACCCUUCAAAGACAUGGAAAUCCAUUUGGGACCGUUCUCGCGAAACAUUGCCUCAUUCACCGAGCUCCCCGAACCGGGCUUUGACUACAAUCCGCGCUGCUUCAACCGAAGUCUCAACAACUUCGUCAGCCAUAAUUACGAUAAUAAGACCAUUGUCGACCGACUCCUGGCCGCGGAGAAUAUCUCCGACUUCCAGACUGCCAUGGAUUACUGGCCCGUACGGCCAGACGGGGUCCUGGGCGUUCAUGGCGGCGGCCAUUUCAGCCUCGGCGCGACUCUCCAAGACCUGUUCACGUCUCCACAAGACCCGGCGUUCAUGCUGCACCACGGUAUGAUCGAUCGGUUGUGGAGUAUCUGGCAAGCUAAGGAUGAACAGAAUCGUCGGUUUGCGCUUAAUGGAACAGACCGGCUUCUCAAUCCGCCGAACAGCACGGAGGUCACCGUCGAUAUGAUGAUGGAAUUUGGGGUGCUUGGUCGGUCCCGGUCGGUCGGCGAUACUAUGGAUCCCACCCGGCGCGGGUAUUGCUUUUCGUAUACUCCGUAG